AUGCUGUCACUUACUUCGUUACAGGCUGACAAAAUCCCUACCCAGUCCACCAUGAUCGGCGGCCAGCGUAUGGCACCCAGGAAAAGGGCGCAGUCCGAGACCAACACUGCCGGAACCAGGACCAACAUGCCGGUUAAUUCGGGUUUCCAGCGCUAUUACGGUUUUGCGACCUCCUCCAUCCAGAUGGGCCCCCAGGCCGUUCUGCUGUUAGCUAUCAUAUACAUGGGAGCUGUCGUCGUCAUGCAUAUCGUUUCUCGCAUCAAGACGUCCAUUUAA